UGAACUGAGUCAUUUCUGUCAUUACGUACCCGAGCCGAGCAAUACGUCGCUUUAAAAUAGUUGAGACAGUUUCAAGCUGUGACAAUCUUUGGAGAAUGGAUUAUAUUUUGAAAGGAAUUUUCGUUUUAUUUUCGUAUGCAUCUUUAAGUUCUGUGCCUGUGGUAACAUCUACAAACUCUGUGACUGAUUCCUUGUACUCACAUUUGUUCACAAACUACAAAGAAAAGCUUAUACCAGUGUGUACCCCGGGGGGUAAAGUGGACGUCUUCUUCGGGACCGCCCUCCGACAAAUGAUGAACCUGAAUGAGAAGGAUCAAACAUUGACGAUCAACAUUUGGCUGAGGCUGAAAUGGUCUGAUUGCCGCUUGAGUUGGAACACCUCUCAGUACAACAACACACACUUGGUGGUUCCGUACGACACUGUGUGGACGCCCGAUAUCACGCUCUAUGACAGUUCUGCGGAGGAGGAGAUGAUGCCGGGUAAGACGGACUACCGGGCCACCAUUUACCCUAGCGGGACCGUGUACUACAACUUCCCCACGGUCCUUCAGAGCGCAUGCCUCGUCAAUGUCCUUUAUUUCCCUAUGGACACCCAGACCUGUACCCUCAAAUUUGGGUCAUGGUCCCACAGCGGGGCUGAGCUUGACCUCUACCCAAGCACUGACCAGGCUGAUCUUACAAACCUGGUCUUUCACAAUGAAUGGGACGUGGUCUCGAUGAAAGCGCAGAGGAACGUCCUGUAUUAUCAGUGCUGUCCGGAUCCGUAUCCAGAUAUUACAUUCUCCCUCGAAAUCAAACGGAAGCCUUUGUUCUACAUCAUGAGCAUCCUGUUUCCCUGUAUUCUGACGGCGUCUGUGGCGGCCCUUGGUUUCGUGCUUCCCCCAGAGUCUGGCGAAAAGGUUUCCCUUGAGGUCACGGUGUUGCUUUCUCUUGCUGUGUUCUUGUUAAUGGUCACCGAACAACUUCCUGCUUCGUCUGUUAAUUUCCCUUACGUUGGAAUGUACUUUGCCUCGUCUAUGAUCUUGGUGUCUUUUUCGUGUGCAAUGACAGUAUUAGUUCUGAACAUUCACUUCCGAGGUGCUACGGGCAACACAUUGCCAAACUGGAUGCGAAAACUUUUCCUGAACAGAUUAGCUUGGAUUUUGUUUGUCAAAACUGGAAAGGCAACGUCGAAUAAAGUUCAUUCAGAAAAGAAUGAUAGCAAAAAACAGUUUCAGGAAGAGCCUAAUCAAAAUAACUUCAUUAAUAAAACUUUCAAGAUGGAUAGUGAAGACGCGACGCCGAGAAACCGAACCAGCAAUGGAAGCAUAGUUAGUCCGCCUCGUCUUCCAAGCCUCGUUACGAAUACGUCAUCACGUGAUAUCUUGUUACGGUCGAGUGACCCAAUGCUUACUUUAAUGUCUGAACAAUGUGACACAUUGAAAAAGAUCGAAGGUCACAUGCAACAGGAUGAGUCAGAAGAGCAGACGAACAAUGAGUGGUAUUUGUUAGCCAAAGUACUCGACAGAUUGUGUUUAUUUAUUUAUAUUUUCAUGACAUUUUUAACAUCUGUCAUUUUCUUAGCAAAAAUGGCCGGGUCAUGAAACUUCAUUUUUUUCUUUAUUCUGUUCUACAAGCGCAACAAAGUGAUUUUUUUUAUUGUGUUGGAUGCUUCAUCUACAAUUUUGUUUGAUUUAUAUGGAUUUUUGUCCUUUUUUGUUGUAAAUUGUCUUUCAUGUUUUAUUAGUUCUGUUAAUCAUUUCACAUAUCUGUGAACGAUAACAUUUUAGGAAAUAUUUUCAUUCGUUUGAAUUACUCGCGUGGUGCUAUACUGUGUUACUUAUUAUUCAUACUUAUAAAUCAUUUAUCGCUGAUUUUUAUCGACUUGCUGAUUCAAUAAAAUUGGUUAAUACUUUCAUCACGUUUCAUAUAAAAUACAACUUAUAACUUGUUUUCUUUGUAAAUUUAUUAGAAGAUUAGUUUCAAAUUACACGACAAUCAAAUUGAGUUUAUGUACAGAUAAUAAUAGCGAGACAUAAGUGUGAUUCUGUUGAAAAUAUUGAAAAAUGUGAAAAAGGUCAACACAGAAAAUACACAUGUACACAAGA